AUUAGAAGCUCAUUAAACUGUUCACUCAUGCUAAGUUCCUCACUUUGAGGUUAGAAAGCUAAAACCCCCAAACACAUCCUUCUCUUCCCCCCAUUUGCCUCUCAUCAACCUUCCACAGUAGGAGAGAGAAAGCUUCAUCAACAUCAACAAUGGCGAUCAAAUCAGAAACCCUAACUCACCAAUCCACAAACCCUAAUUCACCCUCAGAUCCAAUCGAUUCACUCGAUCCAAUCCUCCACAUCCUCCGAAUCAUCCCCUUCUCUUUCCUCCAUCUCCCUCGCCUUCGCCUCAAACUACCAUCAUUCUCCCUUCCUUCAGCCAUGACCGUUUUCUCUCUCAUCCUCCUCACUUACUUCAUGGUCGUCUCCGGCAUCGUCUAUGACGUCAUCGUCGAACCACCUGGUAUUGGGUCAACCCAAGAUCAAUUCACUGGGGCCGUUAAACCCGUUGUUUUUCUUCCGGGUCGGGUUAACGGGCAGUACAUUAUCGAAGGGUUAUCUUCUGGGUUCAUGUUUGUUCUUGGUGGAAUUGGGAUUAUUCUCAUGGACCUUGCUGUUGACAAGAAUCGGGCUCGCAGUGUUAGGGUUUCGUAUGCUUCUGCUGGGAUUACUUCCGUUGUUAUUGCGUAUAUUAUGAGUAUGCUUUUUAUUCGCAUUAAGAUUCCUGCUUAUUUGCGAUCGUAAUUAAAUUGAAUACUAGUACAUGAUCUAAAUGUUUGUAGCUGCUUUUGAGGAAUUGGUAUUGUGAGAUUUUGAUCGUUGAGUUUAUUUCAAUGAUUUUAUCUUGAUAUAGAGAUUUAUGAAUUCGGUGAAUGUAUGACUUGUUUUGUAGCACUGCUAGUAUUGCAAUUGAUGAAACUAAGACAUAAAUGUUUCGGGGUUGUCUAAUUCUUGUGAAAUUGAGGCUAAAGGUAUGGA